UCACCGUCAUACCACUGCUGUAGGUGGCAACAAUAAUACUCAAAAAUGUUGCUGUCGGUAAUUUUUGUCGCGGUAUUUGGUAGUUUCGGCGCUCUAGCCCUACAAACCAACUAUGAACUCUACACUGAAGGAGGAAUUCAGUCGGGGUUAUCCGUCGAUCAACCUGCUCUAUAUUUGAAUGGGAAACAGAUUACAAUCUACAGCGGGGCCAUCCAUUAUUUUAGAGUACCCAGGGUGUACUGGAGGGAUAGAUUAAGGAAACUUAGAGCUGCUGGCUUCAAUGCAGUCGAAACCUAUAUUCCAUGGAAUUUGCACGAACCCGAAUCAGGUGUAUAUGACUUUGGUAAUAGCGGUUCGGAAAUGGAGGACUUCCUCUGGAUGGAAACUUUUAUCGAGUUAGCACAAAAAGAGGAUCUCUUCGUCAUUAUCCGUGCAGGACCUUUCAUAUGUGCCGAAUUUGAAAACGGAGGAUUUCCGCCAUGGUUGCUUCGGGAACCAAAUAUUGAAUUUAGAAGCUCGAAUUCCGUUUACAUGCAAUACGUCAGCAGGUGGUUUAAUAAAUUACUUCCAAUUUUGGCCCAACGCCAGUUCACCAAAGGGGGUCCCAUCAUAAUGUUCCAGGUGGAAAACGAAUUUGCGCUCACGGGCGGGCAAGAUAAGACAUACUUACAACAACUUAGACAGUUGAUGUUAGAUAACGGUAUCGUGGAAGUAUUAAGUACAGCCGACAAUCCCUGGAAAGGCACUGCUGGUACCAUUCCAGAUCUGUUUUUCAUGACGGGAAAUUUCGAUUCGGAUGCCAUCCAAAACCUCAACUACUUGAAGCAGUAUCAGAACAACAAGCCGCUUAUGGUUAUGGAGUAUUGGUCAGGUUGGUUCGAUUAUUGGGGAACCGAGCACACAGUCAAAACAGCCCAAAAUUUCGAAGAAGUGUUCGGUCAAAUUGUAUCCUACCCGGCAUCUGUCAACGUAUACAUGUUUAUCGGGGGAACUAGUUUUGGUUUCUUGAAUGGAGCUGAGAAUUUGGCAUUCGACGACUGGAACACCGAUUACAACUCGAUCGUAUCGAGUUACGACUACGGAGCCUUAUUAACCGAAGCUGGCGAUUACACGGACAAAUAUUACAUUGCUCAAAGGCUAAUUGCUCAGUACAACCCUGUACCAACUGUUUUGCCGGCCAUGCCCGACAUAGUUCACAGGAAAGCUUACGACAGCAUCACGGUUCAGAAGGAAAUCAGCCUUUCCGAUGUUAUUUGGUCGUUGCCAUCAUUUCAAACGCCUACUCCCGUGUCCAUGGAACAAAUGAACAUCAACAACGGCAACGGCCAGAGUUACGGGUACGUCAUCUACAGGAAAACUUUGGAUCUCAAGGCGGAUUCGUGGAUCAAAAUCGAUGGCAGAGUCGGCGACACUGUGAUAGUUUUAAUCGACGGCAAAAGGGUUUCGCCGCCUUUAGAAAAAUCUGCGGAUUUGAACAAUUUCGGGACUUGGAAAACUAUGAAUUCUUAUCUAAAACUCACCGACCAAGAUUUGUACGGAGCUACGCUCGACUUGGUGGUGGAAAACUGGGGCCGCGUAAACGUUGGUGUCUACAAGAACUACAAAGGAAUUUGGCAAGGAAACGUCGAAAUAAACGAUAAUCCCGUCUAUGACUGGACGAUGUACGCAUUAGAGUUUAAAAAGAGCUGGAACAACGCGCUGAACAGUUGGAGAGACUUCAGUGUCGCCGGUAGUGACGACGAACCUAAGAUCUACAAAGCUUCGUUGGAAAUAUCAGGGAGUCCGAGAGAUACGUACGUCCAUAUGGAAAACUGGACGAAAGGUAUCGUUAUCGUGAACGGAUUUGUGCUUGGUCGCUACGCAAAAAUGGGUCCGGAGCAGACUUUGUAUCUUCCCGCGCCAUUCCUAAACGAGGGAACCAAUGACGUUGUGGUGUUCGAACACUUCGCACCAUCAACUUAUAUUGAAUUUGCCACGGAUCCUAUUUAUAAAACUUAUUAAGCGUUAAAUAAUGAUUGCAUCAAAAGUUUUCCAACGUUAAAAAGAGCAACUUGAAUGACUAAAUGACAGGAACAGAAAAUUAAAAUUAAAAAAUUAAAUUAAUUAAAUUAAAAAAUAUUAAAUGACUGUUUUCGUCCUUACCUAUUUCAUCCAACGUUAUCACAAAAAUCGGAAAAUAAGGGUUUUGAAAUAUUACAUUUGUAAUUUGUAAAUAUUAAAAUUGUAAUGUACAAAUAACUUAGAUUUAAUGUGACUCCUUAGUGAUUUACACGAUGUUUUAUUUAACAAUUAAGAAAACAUUUCUUGCAUUGAUACUACUGAUAGGUGCCGUAUAUCCGACGAAAUUAAAUAAAAUAAAUAAGCAUUUCUGUUUAUUACCAGAGACACACUACACCUUAUACGUAAAAAAUAUAGUCUCUUUUUGCAAAAAGAAAAUCGUUAUUGCUCGAAAUAUUUAAAGCGCUAAGUUGGCACAACCAUCUUAAUAUCAAUUGGCAGGUACCUAAUUAUUUCUAAGUUUUUUCGCCC